UACAACAUGACCCGAGACGCCGGAAAUCCUAUGGAAGCAUUAAUUCAAGAAAUCAGUAGUGGCCAGUGUAAUCGAGCGAAGGUUAAGGUUAAGAAGGUAUACUUAAACGAGGACCCGUCCAAGGAGGAAACGGUCCCAUGCCCACGCUGUUCGCGGGGUAAUCAACAAAGCAUGGUUCGCUACAUGUACAUCAGCCUCAACGAAGCUAUUUACAAAUGUGAGGCUCCGAACUGUAUGUACCCGUUCAGGAAUUUCAGGUUCAAAAACUAUGACGACAACACCGUGUAUCAGUACGAACAGUUGCUGGACCAAAAUCGCCUGAACCUUGAUCUGCUGUGCUCGGACUUUACUCCAUGCAGCGUCUCCGAUUCUUAUGGCUGCGGUCCAGAGCAAUCCCUCGAUGAUUUCGCUCCGGUCGAUUUCAAUGUCGAUUUCCCAUCAACCGAACCACUUGGCCAGCAUUCUUUCGCAAACGCUUCCAAAUCUUUGCCAACGGAGCCCAAAAGCCAGGAGUUGGCGACCACAUUCGAUGUCGGUCUAAUCGACGACAUCCUGCAGGACUUAUGGCCAUCAAAGUCCGCCUCUACCGCACCACCAUCUAACGAAACAGUAUUGAUGCCCAAUGAUGUGAAGAACUGGCAGCCCUCCGAAGAACCAAAGAGCACAACGGAGUCAAAUCAACCGCCAUCCGGCCGAAGGCUGGAAAAAUGUUUAAAAGCGGUCCAGCAAACAAAUAAAAGCCUUCAAGAUGUUAUCUUUAGGGUGCCAACGGAAACGGAGCAAUCGCGUAAACGGACGGUACACGUUGUAGAAUCCAUCACACCGACCAAGCUGCGAAUAAAGAAAGUUUCUCCACGCAAGCGAAGAAAGAUGAAUCCGCCUGCGAAAAGCAACUGCCCCGUAAAGCCGUACAAUCCGACCAUGGUAAUGGCCAGCAGCGCAAACACACUGGUCCAAACGAAAGCUAUCACACCGGUCGAAUUUUUAAACCAACUCAACACGCUUUCGAGGCCAUCACCGCCCAGGCCCAGCAGCGUCUGUUCGGACAAGGCACAGCGGAUGCUCAGCUUCAUACAACGGAGCUUACGGGAUCGGCCACGGGAUGAUAGCGUGCCACCCCAAUCGGUAGCGCAGGCACCGGUGGUUUCGAAUGAACUGCAAGCGGUUCCGGUGAUUUCGAAUGAAUCGGUAGGUUCGCUACAAAGUCAAUCCUUGCCGCCCAUCGUACCCUGUUCCAGUACGGCACCGUCGGAAGAUCUUGCUGCAAACGCCACUGUAGCCGAUGAGCUACCGCCUACACCUACACUAGAAAAACCUGUCAUAGAGAUAAAAACGUGCGAAUUCGUGACUAACGGCGGAAUGGAACUGCUUAUACGCUUGUUAGAAUGAAUGAUAGGCGCUAUCGAACAGUGAAUAAAUCUAAUCAAUUUUAGGAAAUUACA